CCAUGUUGUGUUCAGCGACGGGGAUUUUAUUUGAGUUCUAUUAUUUCAAUGCCUACAGAUGUGUUAUGUAACAUGUCGUCUAAUCUAAUGAAAUAUUCAGUACAUAACGAGCGGUCAAUUUCAACAUAUUAUGUGGGAGUUGUAGUAUGGUGUGUGCUACUGAUGUCAACAAACAUAAAUAGUAUGUACACACCAAUCGAAAGUGAAAAACCUGGUGGCAGAAGGUUUAGAAAAUCGAAGAGAAAAGAACGAGAACAGAAAGUGAUUGGUAUGGAAACGAAGUCUGAGAUUAUUGAUGAAUAUCUCUCAGAUGACGUAAUUCUGUAUGAUCCUCAGAAUUAACCAAGAUAUAAUGUAAUAUUGUAUUAGAAUACAUUUGGUUGUACUCACUUGUGUUGUCGUUCACUACAGUAGUUGUAAUGUAUAUGAAUUGUGUAUAUGAAUUAUCGCUAUCAACCAAAAUAACUUCUUAAUAACAUCGAUCAACUGGU